GAGUGCAAAGAGAAGCAACUUAACAGCUUUCUUUCCUCGUUUCCACAAAUAAACGUGUUCCGUAAGAUCAUUUUCCUCUCCGUAAAACUUUCCCCCCGCUUCAUAUAUAUACCUACUAACAAUUGUCAUCUUCAAUCAAGAAAUUAGUACACACCAAGAAUUUCAGACACAAACACUUUCUUUUUUUUUAUUACUUCUUAAACCGAACUUUUUCGUUCAAUUUAGUUCAAUUUGAAGCAAGAUUUUGGCUUAAACAAUAUCCUGAAGAUCAAAAUGGAUCCCGAGGCUUCAAAUCUGGAAUCUGAAGGCAGUGUCCAUUUGCAGAUUUCUGAGCUUAACGCAAGGCUAAGUGAAACAGGCAGUUUUAGUCCAGCCAUUGAGCCCCAAACUUGCUCUGUUGAGACCAAAAAUAGCAGCACGGCUGAUUCUAUGUCUCAAACGAGGCCUGCGAUUCGGGCUCCCGAAAAGAAGCUUACCCUUUUUGCGCUUCGUCUAGCAGUGCUUGAGAAAGCAGCCUCUGGAAUUGGAACUCUGGGAUUCAUAUGGGCUACUGUUGUUCUACUUGGUGGUUUUGCCAUCACUUUGGACAAAACAGAUUUUUGGUUCAUAACUGUUAUUCUUUUAAUUGAGGGAACUCGAAUAUUUAGCAGGAGUCAUGAGCUCGAAUGGCAACAUCAGGCCACAUGGUCUAUUACUGAUGCUGGGAUCAAUAGUUUCCAUGCUAUAAAAUCGAGCUCAAGUUCGAUAAUAAGAACCAUGAAGACGCUUUUUAGGCCGGUUUUUAACUCCAGAAAGGCGAGCCAUCGGAGCAGGGAGAUUUCAGGGACGAUGCGUCAAGCUAGCAGGCGAAAAUGGGAUCAAAAGAAGAUGCCAACUCGAACAUGGACGAGUUCAGAGGUCCCUCUUCUUCCUUAUGCAAAAUGGGUUUUUAUUUCAAGAAAUGUUAGUAAGGUUUUAUAUUGGCUCCAACUUGCAUCAGCAACCGCCUGCGUGGUUCUCUCAAUGACCAAGCUUAUCCAUCGAAAUUAUGGAGAAAUCGAGAAAGGUGAUACGGAUAAGAGGAACAGGAAAUCAGCUCUAAUUAUAUUCUAUUCCUUGGCCUUGGCUGAGGCAUUGCUGUUUCUCAUGGAGAAAGCCUACUGGGAGUGGAAAGUCAGCGUUUGGAGACUAUUGGAUGAGGUGAACAGGGAGUGCGAUUUGGGACAAUCUGGCAUGAUUUCUAUCAAAAGAUUCUUCUAUGAUGCCUAUUCAAAAUGUGUCAAUGGAAGCAUUUUUGAUGGUCUGAAAAUGGACAUGGUUUCAUUUGCCAUGGAAUUGCUAGGCUCUAAUUCCCCCGAUGAGCAGCUUAUUGGAGCGAGAAUCUUGAGAAAAUUUGCUACAAGCAAGGUGUUUUCUGAUGAGACUCUCCAAAAGAUUGGAAUAAAUUUAUCAGUUAUGGAAAGAUUAGUCGAAAUGUUGAAUUGGAAAGACCCUCAAGAAGAAGAGAUCAGGUAUUCAGCUGCAGAAAUCUUGUCAAAACUGGCUGAAAAAAGGCAAAACUCGGUACGGAUUGCUGGAAUACCAGGUUCUAUGGAGUCAAUAUCAUGUCUUUUGCACGUCAGCAGGAGCCAUGGUGGAGCAAGUGAUGAAAUAUCUGAGAAGAGAAUCAUCUUCGAUAAUGAGAACUAUGGUUCUUGGGCAUUCAAUCAUAUGGGGCUUCUCAUUUUGAAGAAACUCGCUCGUGACCAUGAUAUAUGUGGAAAAAUUGGUAACACGAGGGGUCUCCUACCGAAGAUUAUUGACUUCAUGCAUGCUGAAGAGAGGUUGUUGACAGAUUCAUCUGCUGCACCCUCUCAAAUUUUAAUUGUUAAACGAUCUCUUCAGGUUCUCAAGAUGUUAGCUAGCACAGCAGGCACUGCAGGAAAACAACUAAGAAAAGAGAUUUCUGAGAUUGUUUUCACAAUUAUCUAUAUCCGGGAUAUACUAAGGUAUGGGAAGAAGCAUCCCCAGCUGCAAAUAUUGGCAAUCGAAGUCUUGACUAGCCUCGCAAUGGAAGAGGAUGCAACAGAGAGGAUUGGUAGCACAGGCGGAGUUCUUAAAGAAUUGUUCAAUAUUUUCUUCAAUGAGGAGAUGCCUGAGAAUCAGAGUCACGUAAGAGUUGCAGCCGGGGAAGCACUUUCUAUGCUGGUACUCGAAAGUAAGAAUGAUUGUCAGCGUGUUCUGAAAUGGAGGAUGAGUCAGAAGCUCGUUAAAGCUUUGGAAUCUCCACUGCUUAGAAUAAAUGCAGCUAGAAUAUUAAGAAACUUGUGUGUGUAUAGUGGAGAAGAUUGCUUCGACCAAUUAAAGGGACUCACUGAUGCAGGACCUGCAGUCCUUCAAGCUAUCAUGAACGAAGAGAACAAAUUACUCGAAGUAAUGGUUGGAGUUGCAGCGUGCAUUUUCAAAUUUACGACAUCUCAAGAAGCCAGCAACACGUUUAAGAGAGCUCGAUUUCCAGAAUCUGAUCUGGCCUACAAACUUGUCCAAAUUCUGAAGAAUUAUCAGUAUCCUUCCAUAAAAGUCCCAAACAUAAGAAGAUAUGCCAUAGAGUUAGCAAUUUGGAUGAUGAAAGAUAAUGAGGCGAACAUCCUAACUUUCACAAGACUGGGAAUGGAACGUGAGCUGGAGUUCGUUUUGGACACGACUUCUGAGCUGGAGAGUUUUAAUAUCUUCUCCGGGAGUGUUGGCCUAUGCAGGCACAGCACAACCAUCCAAACACUAGUUGAAAUAGCCAUGAAGCUGCUGGCAGAAAACUAAAACUAUAGAAACUCCAAAGUGCAAUAUUCUUGAAGAAACAGAAGUAAGAAUUGAAGGCUAUUCUUUAAUUUUUCUCAAAGAUGGAAGCAUAAAACUACUGGGAAUUCUUGAUUCGUAAUAAUUUAUCUGCACAAUGCAAGAACAGAUUUCGGUUUUUCUUAUCAUUGAUUUGUAACUAUAUUAUUUUUAUUGUAUAUAUUAUAGAUUAUUUUUCAGAAUUGCCCAUGUGUUAUGCAUAAGCAGUAAAUCUAUUAUUUAAAACCAUCAGUUCAGGAGGCAUGGUUCCUUCUCAGGAUCAAGCGAUUCUUCCUUCCUGGAAGCAGCAUACAA